AAGUAGUUCUUGCAAUCUCGGCAUGGUGUCUAGAUGGGAAAGAGCUAUCAGACACUGGACGGACGGUGGAGCGUGCCAUGAACCUCGGACCUACAAUCUAUCCUCUUGCUUUUGCAGCGAUCGGCAGUCGGUGUCUACGAAAUGUUGCCAUCUACCUCGCUGAGAGAGGUACUACCUUAGCGACGUUAGAGAAGCUGUUGGGUAGCCAGAGUCUCGUCUCGGCUAUCAGCACUGCUUUCACCCUCCGAUCUGCGAGUUUGACUUCAAUUGGUCUCCUACUGCUCUGGGCUCUAUCGCCUCUUGGCGGACAAAGCUCGCUGCGACUACUCCACGAAGGAAACACGACGAUAUCCGAGGCUGGCACCAUAUACUAUUCUGACCAUGCAGCGCCUCAGGACUUAGAAGAAGCGGCUACUUGGUUUUCGAUUAUUCCAGCUAUUCUCUCUGCGAGUCUUGCUUCGUCAGCUGAAGCCAAAGCUCUCCCGGUUGACUUGUGGAGUCAUCCCAAGGUUCCGAGGUUGGAUGCCAUAGAGAAUGAGGUGCUUGCGGGGGAUGGCUCUACGGGACGGUGGGUCACCGUGAAUAUGUCGGAUCCUGCUCCAAUAUACACGUCUCUUGCCGGUAUCAAUGUCCAGGGAUUGCAUCGCAACACAACGUCCACCUUCCAGGUCAAGUACAACUAUCUACGCUUGGGAUGUGAGAAGUUUAUCGGUGGUACCGACGCUGAAGUCCUGGAUUAUCUCUGGAACACCACCACGUUCUCAAUGUGGCCACCUAUCCUGGACUUCACCCCCGGUGUUUCUCCCGCUACUCUUCUUACGAAUACGACAAUCAACAUCAAUUUUCAAACACUGUUUUUGCCCAUGUCCUUCUUCCUCCGAUACGGCUGGAAUUCCCCAGGAGCAUCGAACAAUGGAACUGAAACUACAGAUGGCCAUAGCCAGAUCUCAAGGCAACCGGUCAGCUUCCUGUACGGUGCGCAGUUCAACGCCAAAGACACUUUUCAAGUGUACAAGUGCGCACCGCGCGUCGUCACUGUAAAUGCUCAGAUCGAAUGUCAGGCUGACGAGUGCGCAGUCUCACGUCUUCGCCGUGUGCCGGGCGAGUCUAGUGCAGAACUAGAGAACGCGUGUGACACUGGUUCUCAGUACCGGCUGGGAUGUCUCACAUCCGGCACAUACGCGCUCCGCAAUUUUUUCAUGUAUUUUGCGAGUGCAAUAGCUAACUAUUACUCACCUUACUCAAUGAAUCCUUUCGACGGCUGGAUCGCUGGAAAUGAUCAGACCUAUUCCUCCAUCCCAACAGCCAGCAAUCGCACACUGAGCGAAAUACCCGACCAGCUUAUUUCGGAUAGGCUUACGACAGUUCUAAACACAUACUGGCAAGCUGGAGCUUGGGGUUCCCAGAUCACAAGAGCUGGAAUGUUCGAUACACCUGAGUAUCCAUACGUUGGUCCAAAUGACGGAGGGAGCCGGAACAAUGUGCCCGAUCGUUUCCUCAACACGACCGGCACUGUCUUCAAAACUCAAGUCCCGAUCUACAAGGCGGAAGUUGGCUGGAUCGUCACACUGCUCCUCAUCACAAUCGCUCUGCUUAUCCUUUGUGUCAUCAACAUCAUCAUAUCCAUUACGAACAAGGCACCAGACUUGUUCUACUACGCUUCAUCACUGGCACGAGAGAAUCCGUACACGAAUACUCCUGAUGGAGGCACCUCGUUGGAUGGCGCCGAACGGACCCGUUUAUUGAGGGGCAUGAAGGUCCAGAUUGCCGAUGUCAGCCCAGAUAACGAGGUCGGUUACGUGGUACUGAAGAGCUUAGGAGAAGGCGAGGAUGCCCGAACCGGUCGACUGAGAAAGGAUAGACUGUAUCGGUAAUCACGAGGCCGUGACUGCCUCUAGGCGCCGCGGACGCAGUGCACAAAACAAUUCGUGGUACCGCAUAUGCUGAGUAUCGCUUAUACAGCCAUUAGCCAAUAUAUGACCAGGUCAGCGAGCUGUACAACCCCAUCUGCAGCUGCACAUACCCAAAGGCGAUCCGAUAGGCCGGACGCGAUU